AUUAGACAUAGGGAAUUCAAGCUCAACACAUGCAUGAAGACUGUAUAGAGAGAGAGAUGGACGGAAUUCAGCAAGAAAUCACCGGAGGAAGCUCGAGCUGCAUAGCCAGUUUUAACUUGGACGGCGAAAACCCUACUGAUCAGAUCAUUUCAUCAGAAGAUCCACCACAUGAAUCUCAUGAUAAUAAACAAGAACAAAAGACUGGAUGCAGAAACUUCUUAUCGUACGUUGGCCCAGGUUUCCUUGUCUCACUGGCUUAUCUUGACCCGGGAAACUUGGAAACUGAUUUGCAAGCAGGAGCCAACCACAGAUACGAGUUGCUAUGGGUAAUCUUUAUCGGUUUGAUUUUUGCACUCAUUAUUCAAUCGUUGGCUGCAAACCUUGGUGUGUGUACGGGGAAGCAUUUGUCAGAGUUAUGCAAAGCUGAAUAUCCUAUAUUUGUGAAGUAUUGUCUUUGGUUACUGGCAGAAGCCUCUGUUAUUGCUGCUGAUAUCCCUGAAGUUAUAGGGACUGCUUUUGCAUUAAACAUAUUGUUUCAUAUCCCAGUUUGGGUUGGUGUUCUUAUUACUGGUUUGAGCACUCUUUUGCUUCUUGGCCUUCAAAGAUAUGGGGUGAGGAAACUAGAAUUGUUGAUAGCAAUUCUAGUAUUUCUUAUGCUUUGGUGCUUCUUAGGAGAAAUGACUAUAUUAAAACCUCCGGCGAAGGAAGUGCUUGAGGGCAUGUUUGUUCCCAAGUUUAAAGGUCACAAUGCCACUGGCGACGCUAUCGCCUUAUUGGGUGCCCUUGUCAUGCCGCAUAAUUUGUUUCUACACUCGGCUUUGGUUCUAUCAAGGAAAAUUCCAAACUCUAGAAAAGGAAUAAAUGAUGCUUGUCGAUACUUCUUGAUUGAGAGCGGAUUUGCUUUGUUGGUUGCGUUAUUGAUCAACGUGGCGGUAGUGUCGGUGUCUGGGACAGUCUGUCAAGGCGGCAACCCAUCUCCCGACACCAUAGAGAAGUGCAGCAAUCUUACCUUGAACUCUGCUUCCUUCCUUCUACAGAAUGUGUUGGGAAAGUCCAGCUCAAUUUUCUAUGGUAUUGCAUUAUUGGCCUCAGGCCAAAGCUCCACCAUUAAUGGAACUUAUGCUGGUCAAUUCAUUAUGGAGGGUUUUCUCGACCUUAAGAUGAAACAGUGGCUAAGGAACUUAAUAACAAGGUGUAUCUCCAUUGUCCCUAGCCUCGUUGUGGCAAUCAUUGGAGGAUCUGCAGGCGCAGGUCGCCUCAUUAUCAUCGCUUCGAUGAUACUAUCAUUUGAACUCCCAUUUGCUCUCAUACCACUCCUUAAGUUCAGUAGUAGUGCUACCAAAAUGGGACCAUAUAAGAACUCUAUAUAUAUUAUAGUGUUCUCGUGGACUAUGGGAUUGGGAAUUAUCGGCAUAAACAUUUACUAUCUGAGCACGACCUUCUUGGGGUGGCUAAUACAUAGCAGCCUUCCAAAAGUUACAAAUGUUUUCAUAGGAAUCAUAAUGUUUCCUAUAAUGGCGGUUUAUGUUGUGUCCAUUAUAUACUUUAUGUUUCGCAAGGACAAAAUGGUCACUUUCAUCGACAGGUCAAAGCUGGAUCCAAACAAUAACGAUCAGCAGACGACAAUGGAAGACGGGCAACAUGUCUUUGAAGAAGACAUUGUUCCGUAGAGAGAAGAUUUGGCAGAUAUUCCUUUGCCUCAAUAGAAAGGAAACAAUCUUCCAUUCUCUAAAACCAAAUUUGGCUUCUUCUUGUUGUCUUCUGAUUUAAGGCUUAUUGUUACAUCUAUGUUAUCUCCACCUUCUAUUCCUAUAUAGCUUCUUUUCUUUGUA